AAUUCUUUAUUCAUUUAUUGAUGUCAUGUCAAACCUGUACGAGUUUCUUUCUUCUGCAGAACACAAAAGAAGAUAUUUUGAAGAAUGUUGAUAAUCGAACAUUGACUUCCAUUGUAUGAGCACAAUACCAUUUCUCAAAAUAUCUUCUUUUGUGUUCCACUGAAGAAAGACACACAGGUUUACAACCACAUGAGAAUGAGAAUAAAUGAUGACAGAAUUUUGAUUUUUGGUUAUCUAUACAAGUAUGUCUGUAUUUCUGUUGUACAUUUUUGUUGAUAAAUAUGUGUGCAUUCACAUUUCACCCAAGACGGUUUGUAGUACAGAAACAAGCAAGAGGAAGAAAAACAGAUUCAGUGUACAGGUGAUACCACGAACUGAGGUUUAUUCACAGCUUCAGUGCUACAGUUCCUUUACCACGCGCAUAUCACCUGAGUUGUGGCUGAAAGUGUGUCUUCCUGCCGAGGCCUCUUUCCUGGCAGAAAUGUACACACCAAACCACACAUGCAAAUGAUGCAACGGUGCGUGUCCCCGUGCAAACAUGAACUGACUGAGGGGACUUUAAAAACCAUGCUGUUCUUUAUCAUCUCAAUCUUUCAUCUAUCACACAAAUCAUUCAUUCACAAAUGCAAUUCAUACAGUAUUUUCUCACUAUCAAAAAAAUCCAUUCAUUUCUAAUCUAAUAGUUGAAUGGUUUAUCAGUUCUUAUAGCGUCCUACAUGCGAGUUUUACUCUGUCGCACGGUACUGUUGUCACUGAGUAAAAGUCUAUUAAAUGACCCUUUGAAGAAAUCUCAGAUCAACUACUGCUGACUUAUACGCAAGUAUGUCAUUAAAAUGAUGUACAACAUUAAGAUGAUAAACCGGUCUUAAAGUGAUGGCCAUCGGUUUGAUUUGAUAAACAUGGCAUGAAAAACACUGAGAAUGGAAAACUGUUGUAAGAAAGCAUUGAAUGCAUGUGCAAAGGGGAGUAAAGUUGUUGUUUUCAGCAGCACAGGCUGUGGUAAAACCCUUUCCUUUGGUCUUUGUCUUCAAAGUUAGAAGCGGUGCUUCACCGUGUUAACACACGACGUACAGAGCUCACGUACUCACUGUCGAUAGAGCAGUCCUGUAGAACCUUCCGAGAGACAGAAAUCAUGAAGGCAUUUCACGUUUUUUGUCCGGCUCUGCUGAUCUGGUCGUGUCACAUGCAGAUGAGCUGGUCAAACUCGACGGCCUUCUACCAAGAUGACGACAAACCCUCAACACCAUACGAGUAUUCCACAGAGAUGGAUUACAGCGGCUUGGAAUUCAUUUGCGAAAAGGACUCCAACCGCAUCUUCCGUACCUGGUUCCUACCCACCAUCUACACCGUCAUUUGUCUCCUGGCUCUCUUUGGGAACUUUCUGGUCAUCUUGACCUACCUCUACUUCAAACGGCUGAAAACCAUGACCGACGUAUAUUUGUUUAAUCUGGCAUUGGCUGACCUGCUGUUCGCCAUUUCUCUUCCCUUCUGGGCCGCCAGUUUCAUGAGCAAAUGGCAUUUGGGUCUGUAUCCGUGCAAGGCCAUGUUUACCAUCUACAAGGUCAGCUUCUUCAGCGGCAUGUUCCUUCUCACCUGCAUCAGCGUCGACCGCUAUUUCUCCAUCACCAAGGCCGUCUCCGCCCAUCGUUGCCGCAACAGCGCAGUGUAUUAUGGCCAGGUGUCUUCUCUGGUCACCUGGGUGUUGGCGGUGGUCUUUUCCAUACCUGACAUGGUGUUCUCUGAGGUCAACAUCAACGGCACGUGCGUGGCAAACGGCAAGCGCUUCGUAAACUACCACAGCAGCAUGCUGGUGAGUCAGAUGGUCCUGGGCUUCAUACUUCCAGCCGUCGUCAUGGUGUUCUGCUACGUCAGCAUCAUCAAAACGCUCACCCAAGCCAAGAACUUUGAGCGGAAUAAAGCCUUCAAGGUCAUCAUCGCUGUGGUCGCCGUCUUUGUGUUCAGUCAGCUUCCCUAUAACGUGGUCAUGGGGGUGACCACGCAGGAAACGACGGACUGCCAUAAAGACAACAGUCGCCUUUACGCCAUGGACGUGACGAGAGCCGUGGCUUUCCUGCGCUGCUGUGUCAAUCCCUUCCUGUACGCCUUCAUCGGGGUGAAGUUUCGCAACGAUCUCCUGAAGCUACUGAAGGACUUGGGCUGUCUCAAGAAGAGCCAUCUCCAGUACGCUCGCUGUGGAAGACGACGAUCCUCGGUUGCCCUGGAAACGGAAACCACGUCGUUCUCUCCCUGAAUCAUUCCAAUGCUUCGCCAUUUACUCCCUGCUGAAAUGCUUGGUUAGCUUCUUUCAGAUAAUACUGAAGUGAAAGUGUAAGGUGAAACACCGCCGUGCUUUGUUUUUUGUACAGUGCAAACCCGUUCCUGCUUUGUAACCGAGAGCCUUUGACUUCUUGUUUCUGACAUUCUUUGAAAAGAUGAUUUGAGAGAACAAGGCCUUCGGUACAUGUACAGAUGUAAAUACACACGUGACUCAUUAACAGUAAAACAAUGAGCAAAUGUUCUUUUCUUUUUUUUUACAGCACUCUUUGAUCAUAUUGUCAAACUGAAUAAAUCUUAAUAU